AGGCCAAACUGGGCCAAACUGGGCCAAACUGGGCCAGAGCGGGGCGGGAGCGGCUGAGUCAGAGCGUCCCGGGAUUAACGAGAUCCGGGGAAACUGAGGCAGGAGCCGCCCCUCCCCCAGGCCGGGCGAGGCCACAAAAAGGAGGAGGAAGAGGAGGGGGGGGGGACAGAGGCGACAGCGGGGACCAGGAUGGGACAGAGGGCUGUGGAGCUGCUGCUGCUGCUGCUGCUGCUCUCAGGUGCCACCGUGCCCGACUCUCCUCCGUGUCCCCCGGGCCAGCGGCCUCGCGGGGACGCCGCGGGUGUCACCUGCGUCCCCGAGGGUGACGAGGACAGGAUCAUCGGGGGGUACCCCUGUGUCCCCAUGUCCCAACCCUGGCAGGUGCUGCUCUACGGCUCCCUGCGCUGCGGCGGCGUCCUGGUGCGGCCACAGUGGGUGCUGACCGCUGCCCACUGCAACCAGAGGGGUAUCCGCGUCCGUCUGGGCGAGGAUGACCUCCGUCGUCGCGAGGGGACGGAGCAGGAGCGGCGAGUGACGCUGGCCCUGUCCCACCCCCGCUUCAACCCGGCCACGCUGGACGCUGACCUGGCCCUGCUGAAACUGGACCGGCCGGCACAGAUCGGCCGCAGCGUCCGGCCACUGGCCCUGCCCAGAGCCUGCGGCCGGCCCGGAGAGUCCUGCCUGCUGUCCGGCUGGGGGACGGUCACCACGCCACAGGUGACGCUCCCGAGCCGCCUGAUCUGCGCCUACGUGCAGCUGCUGUCGGACGCGGCGUGUCGCCGGGCGUACCCGCGGCGCAUCACGCCCAGCAUGUUCUGCGCCGGCGUCAGCAACCAGCGCAUCGACUCGUGCCAGGGUGACUCCGGGGGUCCCCUGUCCUGCAAUGGGACCCUGCAGGGCAUCGUGUCCUGGGGGCUCCAGACCUGCGCCCUGCCCGGCCACCCCGGCGUCUACACCAGGGUCUGCAGCUUCACCUCCUGGAUCCUGGACACCAUGGACCGCAACUAGGGGACACCUCGGGGACAUGGGGACACCUCGGGGACAC